AAUUUUCGAAGCGGUAACUCAAAGAGGAUGCGUCAGCGUCAUGUCGUCGAUGUCAUAACACAACAAAACACAUAUUUUUCGUGCGUGCGUUCCGUGCAGAAGAGACUGUGAACUUUAUUUGGUAAAAAUUGUGGUGUACUUAACAUUUGCCAUCGAACGGGAAGCACCCGGGCCGUAACGAUGGCCUACCCCAUCAUGGAUCUGAGCAAAAUCUGCCGGAUGUGCUCGUCGGAGCACGUCUCAGUGCGUUCGAUUUUCUACGACUACACGGACCUGCGGCUGCCGCAGACCAUCAGCGAAGUCCUGCGGUUGGAGAUUAGCCUGGCCGAUGGACUGCCGACCAAUAUAUGCGAACCGUGCGUUGGCAUCCUGACCAAGAUGAAACACCUGGUGGAUCAGUUCCGGGCGAACGAGCGGGCGCUGCGGCAGCGAAUUUUCGGAAUGGUUUUCGGUGGCGACAACACAACCUAUGCCGCCGGGGCAAUGAACUCCGGAUUAAUAUUCAAAGAAGUUCCGGUGAACAGCGUCAAUCCUUGUAUUACAACCCAGCCAACUCAACAGUACGUACCCGCUUUGGUUCCACCUGUGAGCCAAAACCACGCAAUUCCUGAAGUGAAGGAAGAAGAAGAAUCGGAUUCAAGUUCCGAUGAUGACAGUGACUGCGAUGGAAGCGCUCCCAACGGCCAAAAACGAGCCAACUCGAAGCCGGACUUCAAAUGUUACAUCUGCAAGAGUGACUCGCUGGGUACCUCCAAAGCCCUGGCGGAUCACUUGGCCGCAGCCCACUCGGGUCUGGUACCGCAAACGUGCACGGAAUGUAUUACGGAACCGAUUGUGCUGCGCGAUGUUCGGGCACUGAAUUCCCACCGGAGAAUGCACUCUCAGCCGAUCAAGUGUGAAUACUGCGAUCGACGUUACGGUGAUUACCACGGACGGGACGAACACGUUCGGUUGUACCACUUGGGCGAGGGCGCUCCGUGCCCUUCGCCGUGCCAGCAGUGCGGCAAGAUAUGCAAAUCCGUUGCAGCACUGAAGAGCCAUAUGCGUAACCACAAGCAGGACGUAAGGUGUGACCAAUGCGGCAAAGUAUUCCACAAGCAGCAUAAACUGCAAGAACACGUGAAGUGGUUCCAUGGCCCACAGCCCGAAAGACAUCAGUGCAACAUCUGCAACAAAGUUCUCCACACGCUUGCCAGCUACAAUUCCCACCUGAAGCUGCACAAUGAAGACAAGAACUACAGCUGCGACCUGUGCCCGCUGAAAUUCUACACUGCCGCAAACCUCAGAACGCACAAGCGCGUCCACCAGAAGAAUGCCAACUACAAGCCGAAAAAGGACUGGACAGGCCACUACACCGUAGCGCGGGCCGCCGACGGGAGCAAGAUGUACUCGUGCAAUCUGUGCGGAAAGACUGCCACCGGAUACAUCAACACCAUCAUCAGCCACGUGCGGCUGCACUUCAAGGAGGUCCGCUGCGAUCAGUGCGAUUUGAAGUUCACCUUCGUGAAUCAACUGAAGGCCCACUAUGUAGUGCACACGAGGGAACGCAACUUCAAGUGCAACUACUGCGAGAAGGACUUCAUGUACGAUUCGCACAUGCGGCAUCACAUCAAGCAGGCGCACCCGGCGGAAAGGGAAGCCGAAAGGGCGGCGGCCGCUGCCCGGAAAAAGCUAGCUCAGGCGCACAGCAGAGGCGCCGUUCAUUAAUUGCGUAAGUUUAAACCGAAGUUUUUGCGUGAAAUUAGAAGGAAUUAGGGAGAUUACGAACUAGAAAUCGGGCAUAAAAACCACGAUGAUGAAAUAAUUUCGAUAUUUGUGUAAGCAUGAUUGAAGCAGAUAACCUUAGCGCGCUAUCUUAAUAAUAAUAACUAAACUGCACAAAAA